GCUCGCGGCUCGCUGCGAUGGCGGUGACGCCGCCGAACAGAGUCACGCCGCUGACAGGAGAGUCUUCCCCUCGGGAAGCCACCAUCUAUGCCGCCUCCUUCCGCAGCACCCGUGCGGCAGCGGCCGCGGCGGCGGCUAUGAUUGUGCCUACCUCCUCCGCCACCUCCACCUCUGCCCACUCGCCUGCCGGUGGCUGUGGCGACGGCGGCAGCGGCUUUGGCGGCUCCACUAUGGCGGCGGCGGGGAGGGGGGGCAGUAGUUUUAAAGUAGACACCCGCCCUUCCCUCAGAGAAGAUACUGCCUGGAAUGAACAGGAAAAGAGUGAACUUUUAAAAGAUAACUUUUGUGAAAUAUGUGGUGUUGUGCUACAUUUCAGAUCACAAAGGAUUUCACAUUAUGAGAGUGAAGAACAUACUGAAAAUGUUAGGUAUUUUAUUCAAGUGCAAGGGAAACAAAUUGAAACUCCAGGUAAAAAAAUAAAGAUGGAUGAUGAGAAUUUCCAGAUGGAUAGGAGUGGAGUUAUGGACAGAAACAGAUUUUGUGAUAUCUGCAACAUGGUUUUCAGCUCCCCAGUUGUUGCUCAGUCUCACUAUGUGGGGAAAGUUCAUACUAGAAAACUGAAGAAGUUAAUGGAGGAAAGCAAUCAUGCAACUACAUCAGGAUUUCAGCCAGGAAUGGCAGGUGUGCCUGUUCCUACUUCUUCAGAGUCAAUCUUCCCGAAGUCCCUUGCUGGCAGGCCUCCUCCAGCUGGGUUUAAAGACAAGAUUAUGCCUUCUUCUACCAGCAGUACUUUGGAUUUGAAGGAUUUGAAUAAUCCAAACAAAUAUUGCAAGCUCUGUCCUGCUGCUUUUAAUAGUCCAUUAAUGGCUCAACAACACUAUGUUGGGAAAAAACACAAAAGAAAUGAAGCUAGGAAGACGUUUGCAGACAAGAUAAGAGAGAAACCUCUUCCAGGAAAAUCAGAUGCAAAUGCAUUUAGUAUGAAAGCCUAUGUUUGCCAUAUUUGUGAUAUCACCUUUAAAUCUUUAGAUAUGUUCCGGUCUCACAUGCAAGGAAGUGAACACCAAGCUAAAGAAUCUCUUUUUAUCAAUUUAGUGAAGAAUUCAACACAGACACAAAACACUUACCAGUAUGACUAUGCAGAUUACAUCAACAUGCCGAAAUCCAGAAAACUAAAACCCAUGACUUAUUUUAGAACAAUGGAAGAUGAUUCAUUAAAAUCACAUAGGUGCAGAGAACCUGGUUACAGACCUAGCCAUAGAAUGUUUGACCAAAGACUCCCAUCUGAAACUUUCUGGACAUACAGACAACCAUGUACUACUUCUCAAAGAGUAGAAAACCAGAUACCUCAUUUCUUAACAGCUGAUUCAAAGAAGAUAAAUGAUCCUUUCCAAGAUGAACUUGAAGAAUACAUCAAAGUUCAGAAGUCCAGAGGACUAGAUCCAAAUACUUGUUUUAGAAAAAUGGGAGAGAGCUCUACCGACACUAAUGGGUAUAGAGAAAUGGUUGAUUAUGGACCAAGACAUAGAGCAUGUGAGCAAGGAUUUUCAUUUGAGACUUCCCAGACUUACCAACAUCCAUACAAUAUUUCGCCAAUGAAAACGCAGUUACCUCCCUGGUUCCCAGCUCAUUCACAGAGGAAAUGUGAGUCUUUCCAAAAUGAGUUAGACUAUACUCAGCAGCAUAAAUUAAGAGUAUUGGAGCCAAAAUUGUGUUUCAGAGAGACAGGUGAUUGCUCUGUGGAAACUCAUAGGCACAGAGAAAUCAUUGAUACCAAACCUAGACAUGGAAAUUUUGAGCAAAGACUCCCAUUUGAGAUUUUCCAGAGCCACCAAGGGCCAUACCAUAUUUCACAUGCACUGGAAAACAAAUUACCUCAUUGCUUACCAGUUGAUAACAACAAACAGGGCCUAGAUUGGAUAAGCUAUCAGCACACUAGAGAUUAUUUCCCAGAAAAACCAGUGCUCUUGAGCCUCAAUCAGCAAGACAAUAACUCUGGUCCAAACAGUGUAGAAUCUGAAGUUUAUAAACGCCUCUCAUCAGCAAAAUAUAGCAGUGGGCACAAAGGAUAUCAUAAACGGAGGCAUGAGAAGAGGAGACGACAUCUGGAGGAAGACAAAGAAAGGCCAGAAAAGGGACAGUCAAAGCAUAAGCGGAGAAAGAGCUGCGAGGAUACAGAUUUAGACAAAGACAAGAGCAUUCAUCACAGAGAUAGAAAGGAAUAUAAAGUCAGGGCCAGUUCAGGGAAGCUUAAGCAUCAAAAAAAGAGAAAAAGACAUGGUGGAACUGAUGAGAAAGGACGCAAGCACAAGAAGGAGAGAAAGAAGCCUGUUGAAGAAAGGACAGAAGAAGAGAUUCUUUGGGAUGAAUCAAUUCUUGGAUUUUGAACUUUUAGUUCAAAGAAUGAAUGACAGGAAACAGUUACUGUAAUGGAUUUAGACAAAAAUAAGGUCAUCAGAUAAACAAAAGUAGUGUCGGUUCAGGAACACUUGCUUUUUGGUGUGUGUAAAAAUUAAAGUGUAAUUGAAAGAAUAAACAAAAAAGCCUAAGACUAUCCUCUGGGAAAGAAUCCAGGAACAUAGAGAAUAACAGAAGAGGAAACUUGUUUAAGAAAAGCCACAAAAGUUAAGUCUUUUGGAAUGAACCACCUUUGAAUUUUUCAGUUCCAUUUCUCAAG